CUCUUACAUUAGUAAGCAAAAUGAAAUAUCACUCUUACAUACUGCUAACAUUAUUAUUUACAAAUCCAAUAAUACGUUCUCAUACCCUACUUAGCACAAUUAAUCCAAUAAAAAUACCAACUAAAAGAGCAAAUAUAAUAAGCUUCAACAAAUCCAUAAUAUCAAUCUCAAUCUUUCUCUUUUCCUGCACUUCUCCACUUGACACGGCUCUUGAAACUUGCGGUGUCGCGCUCCACUGCUUCAUCUAAACAAGCUCUGCGUUUGAACCUUCAAACUCCUCUUCAUCAGAUACCCAUUUGAAGAAUCCACAAUUACUUACUUUCCAAUUAGCGUAUCCAAAAAACAAUCGACCAGGGUUCGUCUUAGUUCCAGAUCUGGAGAGUAUAGCCCUCCUUCCACAAUGACACAACAGUACAUGACGAUUACUUGAAGAUGACUCCAUGAUCCACGGUUUCAGAUACAAAAGUUUGCAUAUUCAUAGAAAUUGAAAAAUAAUAAUUAGCAAAAUAAUAAAAACACACUCAGAUACAAAAGCUCACUUGUGAUCCUCUAAAUAUCAACGUGUUGAACAUAACUAUUGAAGUCAAACAUGUUUCCAGUGCUACAGAUUAGACCACAUUCUUCAAAGUGUUGAACAUAACUGUUGAACAUAACUAUUGAACAUAACUGUUGAACAUAACUAUUGAAUAUCAACGUGAUCCUCUAAAAACACACUCAGAUACAUAUAGCAUGAGAAAUUAGACCACAUUCUUCAAAGCAAACUGCAUUAUUAAGUCAAACACUUCAAAGCAAACAUGUCCAGAAUUUCAGACCUUUUAUCUCUUAUGAGAAAUUGGAGUCUGUUUCAGGUGAUCACUGGAUAUUUACUUGCGGGCUCCCUCAUCGGACCUGGAGGUUUGAACUUUGUCAGUGAAAUGGUGCAAGUUGAAACAGUUGCACAGUUUGGUGUAAUAUUUCUUCUUUUUGCAUUGGGUCUGGAAUUCUCUACAACAAAGCUUCGAGUUGUUCGUACUGUUGCUGUUCUCGGGGGUCUACUCCAAAAUUUUCUAUUCAUGUGCUUAUGUGGCAUAAUUGCAUCGGAAGUUUUGCUGUACUGCUUAGUUUCUCAUUUAAUGAAGAGCAUCUAA